AUGUCAGAAAUGCCCACACCAGUCUCCCUCGCCUUUGAGGGUUAUGUUAUUCCGCCUAUAAUAUUGGCCGAUGAUCAGCAACUAUUGGGGCUGGAGAUUGGGCCUCAGGGGCACAGCAGGAUGACUGUGCCCCGUAACCCGAUCGGUGAGUAGCCCUACGCCAUACGGACGGAAUUUUACCGUCAGGGCAGUGGUAAACCACAUUUAGACUCAGACGUGGCCGUUGCUAAUGGUAACGCGAGGUGCGAGUGUACACUAGAGCCAUUCAGCGAGAGCCAAAUUAUCGAUUGACGUUACGCUUUACCGCGCCGGAUGCCCAGUCACACAUGACGCGGAUGUAUGUUUGACGAGGACAGUUUUGGCCAUUAGUAGGCAACAAAACACGCACAGCUACCCAUCCUAAAACCCGACUACAUUCAAACACCACCGGUUGUUUAAAGUUAUGCCAGCUCGUACCGUUUCAGUGAGUACUCGACCGAGGUUAAUCCCUCAGGCGAGCAAAUAUCGGGUUGCACUCAGUAUCUGAACGGAAUUCGAUCUUAGUGCCUUCGUGGUAACGCAGCUCGUGUUUUCCUAGAUCAGGCUGACUGACCUCCAUAGCUCACUAGAUAAGUAGAGAUGACGCCGAGAAUAUUAGUUCUUUCUUACGGAACUCACUCGUUCCGUUGUGUCUUACGGGCUCUCUCUCACUCGAGCCCAGCCAGCAGCCGCUCAGCAGCGAAUGAUAUAGGCGGUAUGCUAUUAACGACAAAGACAAGGGAGACUGGAAUGGCCAUUUCUGGCUUAUUAGCCGUCGUCAGUCAGUCAUACCCAACCCCGAAGUGUGGAACACUCGAGGCUCGAACUCGCGACCUGUUAGUUAGAAGUCUACGCUUCUAACCACUGGGUUACGAGCCCGUUGCCCUGUCGGUUUUUUUCGAUCGGUAAUAUACAAUGGUGGGGGGCGCUCACCGAUCGUUCUUACGGAACUCACUCGUCCCGUUGUGCCUUACGGGACCUCUCUCGAGUCCAACCAGCAGCCGUUUCAGCUACUGCUGAAGUUGUAAAUUGGGCUCGCAAUCCCAGCGUCAGAUGGCUGAUCGGCUCAGACAGUGGAUUGAUGUCUGUGAGAGGGAAUAGAGAGUGUGGUCGACUCCGGGAACUCCGUUCCUACGGCAUUUAUCGUUCUGAACAAUCUAAUGCGGUUAAAUCUAUAGCCUAAAUCUCCAUGUACAGCAAAAGUUUUAUUAAUUGGCCUUUAGAAAAGAUUGAAACUCUCAGAAAAAAAGAAACCGAUAGAGAAUUUAGAGAACUGUGUGCUAAUGCGAGCUUUCGACGUGCUCCCGUUACUUGAAACGCAAAGGAUACCAGGGUACGUAUUCUUGUCGAACCCAUUCUUAAACAUCCUUACUCCCAAACUGAUCAUAUCUGUGCACUUGGGCGAGAGAUUAUGUUGACAAUGCGUUCACCGAUCGGGUCGCAGGACAUGCUUGUCCCGUUUGGCCUUGGGGCUCCAACAUAGAGCCCUUUGCAGGCAUUGGCACGGCCGUGGCGCAAACUGCAUUGAUUUCGACGAACCGCAGGCGACCUUUUGCUUCACAGCAGAGGACCCUCACAUUCCAUGGUUCGUCUGUGCACUGUGGUCAGGCGUACAUUCAGUGACCGAUCUCAUUAAAUGUUGGUCGAAAAUCAGAAAUGCGUAUUCAGUUAGUAAGGAUAACUUAAACGGGGUGUUGGAUGUUGGUUCUUAAAUGCGGUUCUUUUCAGUCGUCUGCAAAGCCUACACUCUGUAAAAAAGGACUACUUAUGUAGUAGGUAUUUUUGUUGGUUUUCGAUGCCUUUAUAAAUUAAGAUAUAUUUUGUUUAGAAAUGCAUAAAAAUACGCUUUCUGGCACCCAUUUGGUAGCAAAUCAUGCUCUAUUUAAAAUUUAUACUCAAACAAAGAGUAAUUUAGGUUUUUAAGAGGUUUUUCACCUCCAAAAUAAUCUUGGGCUCGAUCUGCCUUCGCGUUUGUGUUUAAGAUUUUCAGUCUACUAGCCUUAUACUUUCCGUGUAAAGAAAAACAUUCGUUCCUUUAUGCCAUUAAGUAGAUACCAUACAGGGCUCAUAAAAUUUCGCAACGGAUGAGGACUAUAUUGUAUAUUCCAUUAGGAGAAUUAUCAAACAUACGAAUGUCAUGCUAUUUGCAUAGGCAUUCCACGGCCUUAAAAACGUCAUAAUUAGAAACUCACAGAUGUUUUCUCAGAUUUUGAAUAAGCCAUAUUGACCCAACUGUGAAAAACUCGGCGCCUCGGUGGGAUUCGAACCCACGCAGUAAGGGGAAGGCUUUAGCGCAGCCAACGCUCCAAAUCUGCCAAAACAUCUAGGGAUUACGUACGCCUGGUAGUCAUCUGUGGAUUCUAGGUAGACUAAUUAGGAAAUCCUGCCUGGGCAGUCAACGUACUGUAUCAGAUUUGGUGGACUCCAGACGUUGCAGUAGGUUGGGCGGGUAAAUUGACCCAAAUGUGAUUAAACUUUCGUCGUCCGGCUGGGCCUCCUAGCUCAAGUGAUUAGAGCGUUGGCUGUGGUAAAGCCUUCCCAUUACUGCGUGGGUUCGAAUCCCACCAAGGCGCCGAGUUUUUUCACAGUUGGGUCAAUAUGAAUAAUAAGGAACAUUUUUAAAACCGAAAGAUGUCCUUUCUUCGAGUAUAAAUUUUUACUAGAGCAUGAUUUACUAGCAAAUAAGUAUCAGAAAACGUAUCUUUAUGCAUUUUCUUCACAAAAUAUAUCUUGAUUUUUAAAGGCAUCGAAAAUCAACAAAAAAUACCUACUACUAAAUUAGUCAUUUUUGCCGAGUGCAGUCACUGCAGGCGGCCGAGAAGAAGCGCAUUUUAAAGCCAACAUCGUAUCAUGUCCGAAAUACUACAGCAUUAUGCCGCAAAACAAUCAAUUUUACAACCUCAUUUAAGUUAUCCUUUCUAAUCAAAUACGUAUUUCUGAUUUUCGACCAACAUUUCAUGAGACCGGUCACUGGCUGUACGAACGAUGCUAAUUCCGAGAGGUCGUAGGAGGACGAUAUCCCCUUUAAGCUUGCUUUUAUAAUAUGGCCAACCAGACCCCUGUUGGCUUUACAGCUGUGCAAGAUGACCAUAAUUGCUAUAAAAGGUUGUCCCGUCUGCUCACUGACACCAGAUUCCAGUCACGUUGUAGUUACUUUCAUUAUUUUUCUCGGAAAGUUCGGGCUAGUAUAACUGCUGUUUCAGUGAUUGCACCUUCAUCUUCUUUGUAGUAUUGAUUUAUGUUUGUUGAUAAAAGCUUCACCAAAGUAGAAGCCUGCUAUGGUAACCGGAGAUUUGGCUGAUGGUUAUGGCCCUUCAAUAGAAGGAGGCCAGUGGCUCAAGUGGCGGAUCUCUUGACCUUUACUUGAUGGUCACCUAAGAGUAGAGCAUGGUUGGCUGUUGACUCCAAUCACAGUUCCCUUGGCCUCCGCCCAUGGCACUUGUCGAUCGUUUCUCUCUUUUCCAUCUUGUUUAGGCUUUAUUAAUUAACGGUAGCUGCUGCUGCAACUUCCCACAACUAGGAAACGGGCAGCGUUCACCAUAACCUACGGCUUGACUCAAUAAUUUCUUUGGUGAACUCUUCCGGCCUUAGAUUGUCUAUUUGACCAAUCAUAGUCCUCCCUAGCAAAACAACUACCGAAAGGCUCCAAAAGGCAUUCCUUAGUUUGAUAAGACUCAAAUGGGUAAGUUAAGGCAGGCUGGUAGGCAGUGCAUGCAAGCAUGCAGAAAAUAUAACCUGAAGGGUGCUCAACUAGCCAGCACAUUUUUCCUCACAGCACCGUCGAAUCCAAGGGGCACAUGGUAGUCCGCAGUGGCCUGUCGAAUAAGCUUACCACUGCUGGGUACAUUUAGUGUGGUAGGGACUAGACUAUCCUCCCUAGGGCGGGUAAUUUGGCCACCACCCCUACUUUUGAAGGCUGAAAGAGGUUAGUUUGAUUUUAAGAAGUCAACUGGUGAACACAUGUUCCUGGUAAUUCAUCAUCAGACUACAACAACUACAUGGAGAAUGGACUUGUGAGCUACAGAUAGGGUUUAUUGCGUGUCUCCGGGGGAGGGGGGAGGGCGAGGUUAGUCACACUCGUUUCCGCGCCUCCUGCAUGACGGAGUCAGCGUGUUGAGGACGUUGGAGCUAGAGUAGGGAGGAAGGGGGGAGGAGAAGGGCGUGAGCGCUGUUAUUCUGCCUAUGUUAUGGGCCUCUGUGCGGCUGCUGGCGGGGCUCGAGAGAGAGCCCCAAGGUCCAACGGGACGAAUGAGUUCCGUAACGCGAUCGGCGAGCGCCCCUCUACUGAUUUCUGCACGUCAAACAUGCGCAGUGUUCGCAGGGGGUUAGGGACGGCGUAAGAUCCCCGCCUGGAGCUGACCAUGAAAGAUCGUCUGUAUCAACGUCUUUUGACAGCAAAGUGCUGGAUUUGGUAACCGAAUAGCCGCUACUUCUGAUGUUGCUAGCACCCGUUUACAUAGGCCUUUAGAGUAGUGGUUAGGUGCUCGGUAGAUAACUUGAAAGGCUUCCUUAUAUCGACUAGAUGUGUGAGAUGUGAACAUGAAAUCGAUGGACUUUCCUCUUUACCUAACCCCAUUACUGCUGUCACUCGCCAGCCGUGUAAGCCUUGCUCAAGGUUGAUUAACCGUGACUCGGCCUUCAGCGUUCGCAUCUCAACUGUUGGAGACUAUGAGGUCGGAUGAAACAACAAAUAUGUAGGUCUAUAACCUACUCAAAUAGAUAGAGUAGGCAUUAUUUCUAUGUAACGGAUGUUUGGGUGCCAUCUCCCGAUUGCUACCGCUUCGUGUAGCCUUCUUUCCGGAGGCCUCGUUGUACGGCCAAUAUAUCCUGCUCCACCAGAACAAGUGAAUGAAUAAAUACCAUCUAUGUGACCUGCAACGGCAGUCGGUCUUGACCCCGCAACCGUAGGAGGCGAGGGUUUGCGAAAAACACACGCAAGUUCGCGAUGGGGAAAGCACUCAUGAUAGCUGUCCUUAUACGUCGUCUCACUAGGCCGCUUAUUGCGUUUCCUAGAAGAGGCAGUUUUAGAAACAAGUCUUUCGGCAAUGUAGCAAUAUGCGGCCCCAUCCAGAAUGUGGAGAAUAGGUCAUCGUGUCUUAUGGGACCGGUGGAAAUAGGGGUUAUAUGGGUGGGGCUAAUGAAUGGGAAGAAGGGCGGCGAAAAGGAUGAAUUUUUGGAAAAAAUGUUCUAAUUCUAUGAAUAGGUUCAAAUAGAUCAGAGCAUGAACUUGAAAGCGAUCCGGAAAAUUGAAUACUAGCGAGAUUUAACACCAAAAAAACAAAGGAGGGUAAAUAUGGCGCCCGCACAACAAGACGCCAAGUUCAGAGAUCAAGGCAGUGAAAUAGCCAAUAGAAACCCGAGGAGGAAUGACGUUUGCGAACCCCACAAGAGUGAAGUGGGAAAGUUAACCCAACGGCACGACAUACGGAUGCAGAACAGCGGAACACAGGGAAGCCGCCAAGGUAGCCAGCAAAGGUAAAGUAUAUCAAAUUAGCGCGUAUACCGGCCGACAAAUAAGCUGAAUGGGAUAUUUAGGCGAAAAUUGAUGUUAUCUUGAAAAAAUUCAAUCAGUAUACCCAAGCAAAACAACACUACUUUAGUCUGAGUCAGUAGGCAGUAGUAAGUAAUAUGCAAAGUUGGGCCGCAUAUUGUCUACUUUCCAGUGUCUCUUUUCUGUAGUUGUAAUGGCAGGCCUUGUGGCAUGCCCCCUAAUAGGCCGUAGGAUGAAUCUCUCCGGAUAGCCGUUUUCGCGGGGCAUAUUCUGCAGCUGCUAGAGCUCUGUUUUAAUAGCUUCAGAACAGAUGCGUCGCACUCUAACCGCCAAUUCCUGGACUUAAUCUCGUCUUAGAUCUAGGGGAACGAAACCUUGAAAAUUAAUGUACUGUCCCAUCCUGCUUUCCUUUCGGAAUACCUUGUGACGGACGUAUCCUCGUGUCUGUGCAGAAGGAUAUCGGGGACCACGAUUCCAUUAUUCGUCUCAGUGUCUGCGGCAAACUUCAGCGUCUUGUUAGACUUCUGAACUAGGCCAUUGGUGUUGGUGGUGCGACUUAUAAAGCAGAAGAUGCAGUCCACGUACCGACCGUAUAAAUCAAGGUUAUCAAUGGUAUCCUCUGAUUUCAUGCCUUCAUGAGAAAUCAACGAAAGGACUUGGACUAAGUGGUUCCGGACAAGACUUCACAGGCUCGACUUCGAAAUUAUUGGUCUUGCGUCAUCCAGUGGCAGGAAGUCGGCGACGCACACGUCUGGAUUUUUAGUUGGCAUCUGUGCUCGACUUAUAGUGAAAUCACUCCUAUGCAGUUUACAUUGUCACAUGCCGGAAAUGUCAGAUCUCAGUCUGGCGGAGGGGCCAAAAAUUACUGAUUACCAAGAUCUGCCUUUUGUAACGAACCGCUGUCGCAGUUCGUAAGCGAUAUGUUGCCUUCCGUUCAAUAUGGAUAAGCCAAAGACAUCACUGUGCUUUAAGUAUAUCCAAAAACAAUGACUAGGAGUUUUUAAAAGACUGAAUUGACAAGUAGUGUAGCUUCCAGUCAUAUUCGUGUUUUCGUUAAUCGUGUCUACUACUUUACUCGGAGAUGCGUUUGGUCGAGGAAAGGACUUUUAUGUGUGCGUUGGGGUACACCUCCCCAAUAACUUGCCGGACGAGUGCUGUGAUGAGUCAUACGGUGCGUGACCGAUCUCAUGAAAUAUUGGCUGAAAUUCUGAGAUGCGUUUUCGAUUAGGAAGAAUUACUUAGGCGCGGUUGUAAUACUGAUUAUCUUGCGGCAUAAUCCUAUAAUAUUUCGGACGCGGCAGGAUGUCAGCUUUCGAAUACCCCGCGUUUCAAUCUCUUGUAGAAACCGUAACAGGUAAAAAAUGACUAUUGAGUUAGCAUGCAUGUUUCCCAUUGAUUCUCGAUGGUUUUGCAAAUUAAAAUAUAUUUUAGAGAAACCACGAACAAAAAUAAGCAUUUUUUCAGUCAUUUGGUAGAGGAUAUGAUAAUCUUUAUAUUUUCUACUCGAAAAAGGAGUAUAAUUGGGGUUUUAAAAAAGUUUUUAAUUACGAGAUUUUGGCACUACUUCCAGUGGCAUUUUGUUGCCCCAGUAAUAAACUAACUUCCAAAUUUCACAGAGCUUCAAUUUACAAUGCAGUCUUCUGCUCAAAUCACAAUAAUUGAAGAAUUCGUUCCCCUUUCUUACUGAGCGAACAGACUGGCAGCCCUACCUUCUGCAUCUCCAUAGCGACACAUUCUGUCCACGGUCCUUCAUGUUCGUGAACAUCACCGGACCAUCGCACUUGCAGCAUGGUUUUUUCUCUACCAAGAGAACAUGUUGGAGGAGAUAUCGUGACACCGCUUCUUCACUCUGCAUCACUUCAGUAUAGAACUUUCGUAGCAACAUUUUGAAGGUAUGCUGAAAUUGGAACAAGAAAUAAAGAUAGGAAUCACGCUAUAGUAGCACCCUACCGUCUACACUGUGUUGCAUGGAUCAGAGUUCUACCUACAGGCUCCCGAUAAUCGAUCGCAGCUCAAAUUCCAAAACGUCGGGCGGACGAAACUAAUGCUCCAACAUUCUUUUAAGUCGCUAUGACAUAGUCUAAAAACUGCCAAAAAUGGUAUGGGAACCUUUUCCGGCAUUUGCAAGUGUCUGCCCUUGAGAGCACUCUGGCCAGCCGAGAGGAAGAGCUAUAGCCUAGCACAGUGUUUAGCGCAGUGGUUACCAUCUGAGUGAAGUAAGCUUAAUGUGUCUCAAUGCGGUAAGAAUGCGUUGUCGCUCAUGUAAAACACAAUGGCCAAGCAGGUUUCUCAAAGUUAUGAGGUCAACGCUGCAAGCUUACAGUGUGAAAAAAGGUUUUUGGACGCACAUUUUCUUUUUAUCAAAUCUGGAUAAAUGGCAAUAUGUAAACUGCGCAUACGAAAGGAAGGAAGUAUGAUGAGAACCAUCGUUCUUUUAGUUCAAAACGAACUUAACUACAUCCUUCAGACGGGUCUGAGCAUACUCCUCAGAAUGCGAAAAUCUACAAAUAAAAACGAGUUGGGGACUCCUUUUAGCCACGAAACAUCACUGAUCAGGGAGUAAGGAAGUGGAAGUGUGUAGACGAAGACAUCAAGUUAGGUUGAUAAAAAGGGAUAUUGUUUUCGCGAGGUAUUUUCGGGGCGAAUAUUUUAGGGCUUCAAAUGAUUUCUAAACAUCUGCUUUUCGACUGGCCUAUAUACGGCGGGAGAAACCCGACCUAUGUAAACAGUUAGACCACGUGGUCAACCUCAGCUUGCCCUGGUAAGCCCGAGCCCCUUUUGAGUUUCGAAAUCCCUCGGCAUGCCUAGUUCCCCAUUUUCAUUCCUAUGUUGCAUUUUGAAGUUACCAUUUUAUCGAUUAGUCUACGCGCAGUACACGUUGACCUUGCUGUUUUACAUCGAUUUUCUCUGUCGAAAUUCAAACCUUCGUACAUUUCUCACUUGUUAUUUCUGUUAUGCAACGACCGGCAGCAGUUGAGAAGCCGUCGCGAAAUUUUGUGGUACCAUUAAAUUCUGCUGUCCUUGCUUGCUUUAAGUUUCAAGUUUUGAAAGGUAGAUCUUUAAGACACAACGGGGUCUCCUAUCCUCAUGCGUUGCCCGUUUCAUUUAUCCAUUUGUCUCCAUGUUGAUUAACGAUAUUCCUUGCAGCUUGGGCAAACGGAGUACUAAGACAGGGCUUCUUUUUAAUCACUUAAAACGCGCGACAAACUAGGUCGUUAAAACUAACAAAGCUUGUGGCUGAAAAAGGUUUGUAGUUCAGCAGUAACAAUCCAGCCUUUAUAAAGGACAGUAUACAUUCCCCUUCAGAACACAUAGGUCAACCGAAGACUUACUUGGGGCAUCGUGUUAACGCUGAAUUCCGCUAAACUGAGAGUUGGGACGAGUAUAACAUGUAAUGGCUCGGAUAUGAUUAAAAGAAGGCCCGAACAGUUUCGAUAGCAUAAACCUGCAAGCUGACUUACAGCGUGAUUUGCAUGCCCGCACUGUUUUCCAGUUAUGUACGCGCACAAAUCCCGCAGUGUGACGCUGCAUGUUCACCAAGAGUGCGGCACCUUUCGUUACCUGCCAGCGACUGUAACUUAUCGGAAUUCCUAUUGACGCAACUGUGAAAAACUCGGCACCUCGGUGGGAUUCGAACCCAGGCAAUAAGGGGAAGGCUCUAGUAAAGCCAACGCUCUAACCACUUGAGCUACGAGACCCCGCCGGAUUCCAGACGUUGCAGUAGGUUGGGCGGGUAACUUGACCCAAAUGUGAUUAAACUCGCGUCGUCCGGCCAGGCCUCGCGACAUGGCACAAGAAGAUCAAACUGGUCUUCUGGGAAAAUAAAGUAUGUCACUGCGUAUUUAAUCGACAACAGGAGGAAACGCAGGUACAUUCCUGUAUUAAAACAAAUGUAGUAGUUGGUGAUGCAUAUUAAACCCACUGGGGUUACACAAUCUGUCUCUACUAUGACGUAAAUUCUGUCACCCGUUAUUCAACUUUUUCAAACCUGCCGUGAUGUUCGCUGACAUGUCGUAAGGCUAGCACGCAUGGUUCAGACCUUGCCGUCGUCUACCUACCUGUAUACCCCUGACAGAAGGACCCCUUGUUGAUAAGAAGAAGAAGAAGAAGAAGAAGAAGAAGAGGAAGAAGAAGAAGAAGAAGAAGAAGAGGAAGAAGAAGAAGAAGAAGAAGAAGAGGAAGAAGAAGAAGAAGAAGAAGAAGAAGAAGGAGAAGAAGAAGAAGAAGAAGCGGUAGGAUUCGAACCCACGCAGUAAGGGGAAGGCUUUAGUACAGCCAACGCUCCAAAGCCUUGCCCUUACUGCGUAGGUUCGAAUUCCACCAAGGCGCCGAGUUUUUCACAGUUGGGCCAAUAGGAAUUAUUCAAAAUCUGCCAAAACAUCUAUGAACUUCUCGGAAUUGCAGGCACUCCUUGUUGAAGGUUGGCGUAGUCUAAGUGCAAAAGGCUAGAAGGCAGGACUGACUCUCCUUCUGCUGCUCGCUCAUGGAACACAAGGGUUCAAGUGAGAAUCCGAAACGUCAGGUGAAUAAAGCCCUUGUUCCAGCGAUUGCUUCUUCUUCUUCUUCUUCUUCUUCUUCUUCUUCUUCUUCUUCUUCCUCUUCUUCUUCUUCUUCUUCUUCUUCCUCUUCUUCUUAUCAACAAGGGGUCCUUCUGUCAGGGGUCUACAGGUAGGUAGACGACGGCAAGGUCUGAACCAUGCGUGCUAGCCCUACGACAUGUCAGCGAACAUCACGGCAGGUUUGAAAAGUUGAAUAACGGGUGACAGAAUUUACGCCAUGGUAAAGACAGAUUGUGUAACCCCACUGGGUUUAAGAUGCAUCACUAACUGCUACAUUUGUUUUAAUACAUGAAUGUACCUGCGUUUCCUCCUGUUGUCGAUUUAAUACGCAGUGACUUAUUCUAUUUUCGUAGAAGACCAGUUUGAUCUUCUUGUGCCAUGCCGGUACUCACUAUACAACGCGUGCUCUAAGGACCGUCAGCUGCGUUUUGGUUUACUUUAUCUCAGUUAGAACACAAACGUUCGGCUUCCUCGAAACUCUAGACGGUUUCUGUUAUCGAACGCAUGCGCCGUGACUUACUUACUUCCUCAGGAAUAGUUGUGGGCUAGGUCGCAGUUAGUAUCCCGGAAUGGGAAGCGGACGGCGAACUUAACCCUAAUCCCCACCUUAACCCUAACCCUAACCUCAACCGUUACCGUUAACCGUUAACUCUAACGGCAACCCUAACCCUAACUCUAGCCGAAAUCUUAAAAGUAACUGUAGCCCUUAGGCAUAGCCGUAACUAAGAAGCAUAACCGUAUUACUGGAACAUAUUCGUACGCUCAAACUCUAACCAUAACUUGAAAACCUAAGCCUAAAGGCGUAACCCUAACCGGAAAAUCGGAAACCAUUAACCGGUACCCUAAUCCUAACCUCAAACGUAAAAGGGAAGCCAAAUGGGUCAGAUGUGAUUAUGGAGCCCCACAAAAUAACCCCAGUAAACAAAUCCGCUAGCCACCUGUAAUGCGGGUCCGGGCUAUCAACUGGGAUCUAGCCUAGUUGUGCUCAGUUCCUCACAUAACCACUAGUAAGACCGUGAAAUUUAGUUGACAUUAUUUAUAAAAAUUUACUCACAAGUGGCCAUUCAAUUGUCUUCAGGAAGGAACCCUUCAGGUUCCUUGUUCGGGGAGCUGUUGCGCCGUAUGUGCUUCCGCAAUAUGCUACAGGUAUAUUUCCCACGCUUGCUUUAGGCCAACGCAGUCUAAGCCAAACCGCAGACGACAGUAAACCUCGUCUACGACCCGACAUCGGUCCUCCCUCGGGGAGCUACCGUUUCAGUCUGAUCCAAUAGGCCUCAAUCGCAUUGGUGUGUUUUCCUGUGGUCGGAUCCUUAAAGUGCUUGGUGUGAUUGAGUGUGCAGUUCUUAAUACUGAUGAAUUUAGCAUCCAAAUUGGCAUUUUGCCAAAUUAGGCAUCAGUCUCCUUGUUCGACAGUAUUCCACCACCUUCCCUGAGCUUAUAGUUUCGGUUAUUUCUUCCACAUUCCUAAAUCUGACUUUUCUUCGACCUAGAGCCGAUGGUCUGUAUUUUGCAAGGCAAAAAAAGAUAGGCAUUAUUGCCUACUUUGUUUACUGACGCAUUUCCUUAUUGUGCAUACCGUUUACAUAUAUAUUUAUUUUUAUUAAUGUUCUAUAUUACAUUAACAAGUUGCCUUAGCAAACAGAUACAAACAAACGUUCAAACUUACUUUAUUUGACUUUGUUCUUGUUCAUUAGGGUGUAUUUGCAUAGUUCCUCUAACAUUAACGUGCAUCACGUUACCUCGUCGUAACUUUUUACAGCUACAUUAUUUGUCACUCGCUGCUGAUCUUUCCUAUUGGUUGUUCGUUAUAUUGGUUUCCCGCCUGCUUCAUAUUCACGAACGGCGGUUUAUUCAAAUAUGUUUUAUUUAUUGGGAGUUAGUUUUGGCUAUUUUCCAUGUAACACGUUAAAUUCCGUUGCGAUGCAUAGGCGUAGGACAAGAAUGUCAGCGAAAAUUUGUUUGUUUUCUAUGUUUUAUAGCAUUCGUUUCGCUUCCCCCCCUCGGUGAUGCCCCACCCGUAAAACCCCUAUUACCACCACCAUUAAGGUAUAACACGGGUCUGGGAUUACUGGUUGCGAGGUGGGGUUACACAACCUACCGUCGCCUACAUGAAGCUACCAGCGAGUAAAUUGUUCCACGGUAAGACAGUAAAAGAAGCCCUCUCCCUUGGUAAAAAUUCCGGGCAGGGCAAAUAUUCCCAUGUCUUAACCCUAGCCCUAACACUAAUCCUCACCCCGCCCCUAACCUUAACACUGAUCCUAAUCUCACUGGAAGGCAGCCCAAAGCCCCGGAGUAGGGGGGAGGGGGUGGCUCCUAUUCUCGCGCCUUGCCGUUUUUCCUUCCGCUGGAUUUGGCGAAACUGUCCUUGUGUAAGAAGUGGCAGCGAAUCGAUUCAAAGAGGAACAGGCCGUAAAUCUCCCCUGCUGUUCCCCUGAAUAAUGAGUUAUGGCGGUUGAAGACCAGCAUUUAACUUUCCCUUGCAGAAUGCUCCCUAUAAAUACUCACACUUUGUGGCGUGAAGGCAGCUUUACACAUUGCCUUCCGUGGUCGGCGCGCGAGCUUUCACUUGAUCUUGAAAAGGCGAUAUGUUUGCCGUGAUCACCCUACUCCUCCUCUCCCUUUCUACCAGUGCAUUUGCUCACUCGACUGUUCAGUUGGCCAAGGAUGUGGAAACCACUGGUAAGUUCGUCAAGUGCGAUUUGCGGGUUCCAAGUGGCAAGAAGUUAAUUGACUUUCCGUAGUUUUUUGCAUGUCCACUUCUAUGCUGUGUGAAAGAAAGCAGAUGAUGUGUAGUCUGGGAGUGGCAUUCUCCCAUCACAGACUUUUCAUAAAACUCAGGGUUGGGAAUGUCUACAAGUAUGCCAAAUGCGCAGGACGAAACAUUUAAAAGGAGAUGCAAAUAAAAAAGGAGUAGCGUUACGUCUACUGUCGGUUGCAUGUGGUUACCUGUGCCCUCUUAAAACGGGCCACAUGGUUGAUGCGCUGGACCAACACGGGGGGCUACAUCAGAUUCUGGUAGACGUUAUCGCAAAUGCGCAGUUGUUGGCUCAUGCCACCCUAGUUGGGAUCCCUGCCGUCCACCCAUUUUUGGUUGGUUAAAAUCUUGGUUAAGUGCUUGUUGUGAACCAGGGGGUGUGGUGGUACGCCUAGGUGCGAGUCCGGCCGUGCCGCCUCUCCCACUUCCGACCUCAUCGACUCUGUCUUGACACAGGGCCCAGAUAGGUGAUGAGGAGAGAGUGUGGUAGGCGCUGCGCAAGUCUACUAUCACAGUAAACUAAUUCACGCGCAAAUCACCGUCCCUGCGCCCACCCUGCUGUGGAGCACGCGUAAGCAUCGUCGGAUGCGACAGUCGAACUGUGUCACGUGGUUACUGAGCAAAAACUGCCAUCCGAAUAAACAGCACAGUCCCUGCAGUGUACGAGUACAGAAGGCGUGCUGUAAGUGGCUCGCAACUGUGCCACAGUUUCGUUACAUCCGGUCGCAAAAUAUUAACAAUUCUAGAAGUCUGAGAAGUGUCGCGUUUGAGGAGCUUCACCGAACUGCAUCUUUGGUUUUCUCGGAGAGUAUUUUAAUACUUAGAAAAGUGACCGCUGACACCAGACCCACAUUUGGAGUUCGUCGGUUCUUCACAGCAAACACCUGCCACUGUUGUAUGACAGUUCACACAUUGCCUAUCAGAAAUCAGGAGAUGUCUCAGCUGUUUAAAAAGUCUUUUUGACUCCUCAUGGCCCUUUUGCCAAACCCUAAUAACAGGGUUUUUCAAAAAUAGCAGAAGUGAUAGGAAACUUUAGCCAUACUCAUCGCGUUUCUCACAAUCAUCAGCAGACGGUGUGCAGGUUUACACACAUAUAGUUGGUUCAUGUUCUGUCCCACUCUGGCUUCCAGUGCUCUCCCUCCUACCUCCUCAAGAUUAUGCGUCGUUACAGACAUGGAUGGAGUCAGAUGGUAUGACCAGCUCUUAUUUAUGCAUGGUUUUGUGCUUUGCCGGGGGUCUUUUGUAGUGUCCCGAGUUGUCUCCUACAGCGACAUCUUUUUAGUCUUAUUUUUGAUUUGUUAAAAAAGCCGUCCUGCAUGAUUGCUAUUUCUAAAAAAUUGGCGAAAAUAAGCAAAAAACAGGCAAAAGUUAUUGGUAGGCAAAGGGCUUUCAAAAGUACUCCGUUAGACAACAAAUGUUUCCCAGUCUUACGUUUGUGUGGAAAAUCGUAGACGGUCGGACAGGGUAAUAGGGAUUCCCAGUACCGCAGAUGGCCUCGCGCUAAAGUCCGAGAAGGUACCUUACUUAGUCCCUCUAACUGAAAAUCACAGAACGAUGGGUUUGCGAGGCCGUGGGCAAUGUGAAUUUGGAAUUUCGAGGUUCAUAUAUACGAAAAUGAAUCAAAUUUCUAACCGCGAGAGCAGAAGGGUAGAUUUCCUUUCGGAAGUCUAACCGGGAAGCGUAAUGCCGCAGAGAUAACCCAUAUUGAGCUCCUGCGAGUUGGGAUGUAAGUACGCUUAUGAAAGCAAAACGAACCGCUCUUCAAGCGGCUGUUAGUGUAAAAUGUCGCGACAAGGUAUUGCGACUGACAUACUCCAUCGAAUAGUCUGAAACAUCUAGAAACUUUACCCUUUGAAUUCCUCUAAAAUAAAAGCUCUUGCCUUCGGAAAUGCUGUUAUGGGUCGCCUCAAAAGGAGGUAAGUGGACAUGAACAAAGCUCAUACACACACGACGUUGGCAGAUGGGCGCUCAUUGAUCUCGCUAGAGAGCUCGCUCGUCCCGUUGUGUCUUGGGACUAUCUCUCGGGCCCCGCCAGCAGUCGCAUAGCGGCGCGUAAUAUAGACAAAAUAGCAUUACGGCAACGACGUUCGAACUGCCGCCGCACAACAGAAUCGGGCAAACUCUGAAAAGGUAUUUUGAGUUGGUCCGCCUAAAACUGUGCUCGUAAGCCGAACGAAAACUAUAAAUUCCCCCGAAUGAGCACGUUGUGCCUUACGGGCUCUCUCUCGAGCCCAGCCAGCAGCCGCACAGCGGCGCAUGAUAUAGGCAGAAUGGCAUUACCGACAAAGACAAGGGAGACUGGAAUGGCCAUUUCUGGCUUAUUAGCCGUCUUCAGCCAGUCAUACCCAACCCCGAAGUGUGGAACACCCGACGUUCGAAUUCGCUACCUGUUAGUUACAAGCCCACGCCUCUAACCACUGGGCUACGAGCCCGUUGCCCUGCCGGUUUCGAUCGGGAAUAUACAAUGGUAGGACGCGCUUACCGAUCGUUCUUACGGGCUCUCUCUCGAGUCCAACCAGCAGCCGCACAGCGGUGCAUGAUAUAGGCAGAAUGGCAUUACAGACAAAGACUAGGGAGAUUAUAAUAGUCAUUUCUGGCCUAUUAGUCGUCUUCAGCGAGUCAUACCCAACCCCGAGGUAUGGAACACCAGGGGAUCGAUCCCGCGACCUUUUGGUUAGAAGUCCAAAGCCCUAACCCCUGAGUUGCAGGCACGUUGUGCGGUCGGUUUAGAUUGAGUAUAAACAGUGGUAGAGGGAGUGGUAGUAUUGAAUGUUUUGACGCGUAUAUCAAGGCUAGGCAUCAGCAUGCCUGCAUUAUAAACGUUUACUGCUUAAACAGAAGAUAGCAGACUUCCCAUAUCACCGGAGUAUCCUUAGAGGUCUCGUUAGAGAAUCUAAAUUCCACAUAAAAGUCUUCCUAAAGACUGGAUUUAUUAAGUGAGAAGGUACAAAUUCAGUUUCCGUGUAGAUGCAUACCUUGAUUAAUCUUCGGCAGUAACUAGCAGAUGCAAAUCUAGCAAGACGGGCGCCUAUUUGCCAUCUUAUGUACGUGAUCGCAACCGACCGGACAACGAGCCUGUGGCUCAGUGGUUAGGGGCGUUGGACUUCUAACCAACAGGUAGCGUGACCAAGCCCCAGGUGUUCCACACUUCGGGGCUGGGUAAGAGGGACUGACAACGGGUAAUAAGCCUAAAAUGGCCAUUUCGGUCUCCAUUGUCUUUGUCGACAAGGCUAUUCUACACACGACAUCUUCUCAUAGCCGAAAAACUGGUGAGCCCCAGUAGAGUCUAUUACCUGAUUUUCACGUAUUUCGUGGAGCAGAGGAGAGUGUCCAGUGUAUUGCCCCACUAAUUUAUUUGUGCUAAAAAAUGUUUUACGAUUAAAUAAUUUGGAAACCCCAAGCUAAUUUGGCUCUUUUAAAACAUGCAAAUCACUAGCGUGGGAAUAAAGAUCGACUCGGGAGUUUUGCAUGACUUCGUAGUUCUUUUUAUUGAACAGACAACAGCUACCACUUGUCUAGUCGCGGUUUCGAUACUUUCACAAGAAUUGACAACUCAUCGCCAAAAACGCGGCAGUCCAGCUAAGGAGGAAUCAGGCCUACGGUUCAUCGAACCACAACGUAGUACGGCCUCAAGGCCAGACAUUCCGUUACCGUCGUCCAACCCAUUUAAAGCCAACUUCCGGACAAGAAUCACUUGCCUCUUUUGCAAAAUUACACAUUGCCAUGCGCCGACGAAUGCAUGGAAGAGAACGAAAGCGGGUUUUAGGCACGGCCACCACCCUGUCAACCUGCGUCACAUGAUCUUCAACUCUGGCCGGGGGGGGGGCGUACUGGUCAGGAAUUGGCCGUUUCUUGCGCGAGAACGCCCUCGCGGCGAAAAUCCCGAAUGAUCGACCGACCACUGAUUGGUCCGCAGGAGUGAACAAAGGCAGCACGCACGCGCUUUUCGCCGCUGGCUCGACCGUGUGAGGUCACGUCUUCCUUCGCCCAAGGGCGUGACUGCGCAGCGUUUCCGUUCGCCUUAAAACAUAAACACUGCCUUUGUAGUGUUUUAUUAUUACAUAUUUCGCAGUUCUUGAUUGGUGGUGUGCUUUGCUUUGAAACGUUGGCGCGGACUCCUCGCAGGCGGUAGCCUACUAAUGAGCAGUGAGUAACCUAGAGCUAGGUUCUAUAAAGUUGGAAGAGGCCGAGUUGAGUAUUUCGGCCAUACCCAGAAGGGACUAGUCCAGUCGUCUCUAUAUCAUGGUCAGUAAAUCUUCUUUGUUACCUACAGUCCGCAGAGUAGGCAGUGCGGGGCACUCCGAGCCCUUAAGCGUCCUUUGCCGCUAGAACCCGUGGAUAUUUAAAAACUAGAAAUCCGUUACUGAACAGUUGAACAGGAAACCCCAGUACUUAUUAACUUCCUCAUCUUCGGCUCGAUGCUCCAGUCUUCUUCGAAAGCUACUUACUGCACAUGAAACAUUUUGCAGCCAAGAAGUGGGUGAUGCGUUUUGCAGUCGAACACUUGAAUAUGGUCAAUCCCCAGUGCUACACGUGGCGUCGCGCUAAAUUCCAUGGGGCUCCCAUUCCCGUGUCCUAACUUUAUUCUUAAUCCGCCCAGCCAUAACCCUAACCACAACCCUAACCCUGAUACCCUGAAAUUUGGAGCAGGGCCACCUUUGACACACGAAAUUCGUAUUACCUUGCCCAAUCCGUUUCGCACUACCUAAAAGUCCAUAGUCUUGACAACGUAUUCCAGUUUUACUACUUAAUAAUGCGUUUAAAGGCGUAUGACUCGAUGGAUUAGUUCCACCCCGUUCCCUCAGUUAAGCCCUCUGCUGUCGGAACGCCGAAGCAUAGGAUUUUGCCGAAAACAAGAUGAGUUUGGGUAAGCUGUUAAUGUUAACAACAAGGUGAAUUUUAGUUUACAGACAAACUUUGUAACUUUCCGUUGACCUCCCAACUGGACGUCUGAGUUGUGAAUCAGGAGGUCAUUUGCAAAACAGGAUGCAGUCUUCACAUUGCAGUCUUGCCGGCAAAUCAUCUGUGCAGUGAAUUUAUACCACUUUCAUCGUAUAUGUAAAAUUCGCAGGGCGGAGUACUUAGCCCUAUUCAAGGUGCUAUUUCAAGGAGCUUGCAAAAACAGAAUGUCGUCGGGGGAAAGGAGAUCCCACGUAGCAGGUUCUUGGAUGUUCUAGUGGUCGCAGACUGUGGUGUUUCAUCUGACCGGGGAGCAUGCAUCAGAUUGAGGAUAUCAGGUGCCAGCUCCCAGCUUUUAAAAAUCACCGCCGACGGCGUCGAAGUGUAACUCUGACGUCCAAAAUCCUAUAAUCUGUCGGUAUAUUAUGUUCGGUUUGCAAGCAGUGUUCACUAGUACGCAUGCGGUCUGCAGUUAAGUUAUUUGGGGUGUGCGGUAUUCCUCUAGGAGCGUCACCUAUCACCCCUUCAGUACAAAAAACUGCACUUUCUGCUUCGUCAUGAACGGCCUUUUGAGUUUUUAGGAGCCCUUUACUGAACAGUUUCCCCGACAUUUUGAUUAAAACUGGUGAAAAUCAAUGCUUUAGGGUAAGACGAUUCCAUGCUAACAGCACAGGUACUAGCCAAAAGCCCAUACACGCGUGUUUCGCCGAUGUUCUGCCGCUGCAUGACACAGCUGCGAGGGGUUCGGCUGCUUUCUGGUAGAUAUUCCAAUUUAUAAAUUGUAACUUUUUAAUUUCCUUAGAUAUUAACUGCGAACUUGUAGUAGAUCAGUAUAUUUAAGGUCUAUAGGCUCAGACCUACGUGUUUAGGCAUCGCAGAAUCAACAAGUUACGCUUUUGGCGCAUUCAUGGACGAUAACUGUGCGAAAUUUCGAUGGAGCCAUUGCGUUAGUAGUUGGACUUCGAAAUCAAUUUCUUAAGAAAUUUUUAGCGAUCCGUUGACAUUUUUAUGUAGAUUUAGCGACAAUUUGUAAUGGUCCACAAAUGAGAUCACAUAAAUCACCCUGCUGAAGUCGGUUUCGGAGAGUCAAGAUGAUAUGAGGUUCAAAGAGGUAAAGAAAGACGACAGGACUGAGUACCCAGCAGGUGACUAUAUGACUUUAAUCAAGAACGUGUAUUCAAUAAAAUUUAACGUUUGAUUCCCUACCGACAGCUACAACCAGUGUCAACCGUUGUUUGUGACCUCUACGAAGCGUAUUUAACCAACCUCGUCAUUGGUUUGCGUCCAAGCUUUGAAUGCUUAGGACCAGCGGGGUUCGGCACUCUGAUUGGUUCUGUUUGAUGCCGAACAUCAGGACUCUACUGGCCAUGAUCAGGAUAACAGAUCAAAACUCAAAAUUUCCUGUUUGUCAUGGAGGACAUUAAAAUGGCAGGGAACCGGUCCUUGUUAAUCGGUUCUGUUUUUCAUUGGAUAGUCGAUCUUAAGACGGCUUCGAGUCGUAAUGUAAGCAGCUGGCCAGAAGACAAACUUGACUGUAGGCAAUCCGAGCAACAUUUUCCCGUCGUUUUCCCUCCCGAGAGGGCGGGUGAGCGAUCAUUGAACGAUUACCCUUCCAGCGGCCUUCACAGGCAAGUGACUUUUUACGUGCCCCUUCUGUAGGUUGUAGAAAGUCUCAGGCUGACUUGACUUACAAUGGGCGGCCACAAAUAGAACAAGCGGCACACAUACUGGGAUUCUGUUUUUUUUCCUUACAGUAACUGUUCCCAGCCCUGCGACGGAUCUACACCCCCUCAGCGGCAGUCCGGAUUCGAGCGAGAGUGCAGCCAUGUCCACAUCUUCAACGCAGACGUCUGAAACGACAGGGCCGACCACAACAUCCGAGAAGUCUAUUGCACCUGCAGACUUGGAAGGCGCUUCAGGGGCUGCUGCCUCAAGUGCCAGUACUUCCGACGCCUGGACAACAGAAUCCCCUGCAUCAGUAAGUGAGGUGGAGCAGGAGACGACAGUUUCGGAGAGUCAUAGCUCCGCAGCCAGUGACGUCAGUAGUACUGUUCCACUGACAGCAGUCCACACCGAAGACCAUAGCAGCGAACAGCCCUCCGGUGAGACCGCCGCAACAAGCACUUCGAACCCGCCCGAGGAGACCGUGAGCAGGCCGACAAAGUUGCUGAUUCAGAAGGCCAGCGGAGAAGGCGCGGCGACAACCUCAGCUGUCCAGCAGGAGAGCAGUCCUGAAACCUCUGUUUCUGACGCUGACACAGCCCCAACCAGUACGCCCCCACCAAGCAUACCCUCCUCUACGGAGACGCAUUCACCUGCACCGGAGUCUCCAGGCUCCGAUGUGCCUGAGUCCUCUCUGCCGGCCGCAGUUACGGAGGCAAAAACCACACCACCAGCAACAACAACAACAACUGAAGCUGGUUCAGAACCACUGUCGAAGUCUUCUGCUCUCGAACUUGAAAGUACCUCUACCGCCACAAGUAGCACGGAGGAGCAUAUAACCAGUUCAACAGCUUCUUCUGCAUGGGCUGCAACUGGCUCUUCCAUGGGCACCGGGGAGAUGGUGACGACAUCAAGUCCUAUGCCCGCCCAGGAGAGUCACUCCACAGAGUCGCCGGAGAGCACGGAGCACACAUUCACCUUCGUAUUGCCGGACUUUUACGACCACGAACAGCUGAACAUGAGCGACGAAGAACACCACUUUAAUGACAGCGACUGGGCAAGUUUCGGCGCCGGAGUGGAGACCGAGGGUUCCAACGAAAUGUUUGACGAUGCCUGCGCCUACCUCCAACAUCGCGUGGAGUACCUCUUCAAAAUGAACGUCUCUAAACACGAGAUCCAGAAGUUGAUCAGUGAGUUGAAGAUUCACGAAGUUCGGGAGGAGGACAUCCCCGCACUGCACAAAAACGUACGUCUCUUGUGCAGGUCGUUUAUUUGCGUCCAUUGGAAUUGCCCGUUUUCACUCAUGCAAUUAAGUAAGUCCAGAUUAUUAGCUGUUUUCAGGUCUAACAGAGUCGUGUUAUAAUUUUGUUAAGUCGGAGAAUAUUUCACCCAACAGAACCAAAUCAAAGCAUUGUGAGAUAGCAAUGCAGGGGGUCGAUUCGCUACUGGCCCUGUCGAACAGGUAGCCGAUGUUUACAAACCCUGAGAGCCAACCGGUGCGUGCGAAAGACCACGUCGUGACAGGUGACCCGACCUUACGAGACAGGGCGACAAAGGUCGGACGCAUGACGUUCAGACAGACUUGUUGUCUAUCGACGUUCAUUCAGCGUUGUCAGCGGUUUUGUAGAACUUGCAUAAUAGGCUUACCGGUCACCUAAAACCCUAGGCUGUACUAACGCUAGUUGGCCGUUUCAACAGCCUCCCACCCCACACCUAAGUCGGUCACUAAUGGCAGCCCAAGGGUGUGCUUAUUAUUAACUUUUUUGGUGCCCGCACUUUGGACCCUAGUGUUCGCUUUCAAUGAUGGAACAUGACAAUACACAGUCGAUGGCGGCAAAAAAAGACGAUCUGGACUGGACCUUUUUAGUCGUUAGGUAUACAAGUAGUGAAUCCGCCAUCCAAGUCGUUGACAGUUAAAUUUCCACGCACACAAACUACCAUCAUUAUUCCAUAGAUAGAGUACGAAUUUGGGUAAGAUCGCAGUUGGUAGCCAGGCACUGUACGUUGAUACUGUCGACGUACUUGCCUGUUAUCACUGGGUGUGUAUACCUUGCCUUGGAAACUGGUUAUCAGUAGGUGUGCUUCUACUGCGUGAGGUAGGUCGGUCGUUCCAGUCAGGCUGUUGGGUUUACUGAGGGUUAUGGUUAGGAGUAGGUUAUGUUUUAGGAUUAGGAUUUGUGAUAUAUGUAGGGUCCGGCUUCAGUGUUAGGGUCAGGGUGUAGGUUUAGGAUUAUGGUUUAGCCUUAGGGUUGGGGUUAGGCUUCAGGGUUAGGGUUACCGGUUAACGAUUAAUGGUUAACGGUUAAGGUUAGAGUUAUGGUUAGGGUUAAGGCAAAAGCUAGGGUUAAGGCUAAGGUUAGGGUUAAGGUUAAACUUAUGGGUGUGCUUAGGGUGAAGGUUAGGAUUAUCCUAUCACUAUUUACCUCUUUCAUUUUCCGCAGGCUGUGCUCAUUUCCGGGGGACUUUUUUCGAUUUCUGCCAUUAAUCUCCCCCUAUAAAAAUUCCCAUCACUUUUUUCGUUUAUUUUUUCCCCGAAACUCCACCAUUCGUCCAGCAGCAUUUCCACCUCCCCCACCCAUAUAACCGCCUUUCCUACCAUUCCCGUAAGACAGGGACCCCGCCGUCUGCCUCCCAAUUCCUGUCUACCAACUGUGAUUUAACCCGAAUUUGCCCACUCAAGUUGUGACACCCCAAUAGAGGCGCCACAAAGAGCAUCGACUCAUCACCCGUUUCAAACUUAUCUUUUUGUUUUUGGUGUAAACUUAAUGUCUUGGCUGCGUUGAGUAGCUUCAGCCAAUCAACGUUAUGAUGCCUGUCUGCCUACCUGCAGCAUGUUCUGCCUCACCUGACUAGACCAUGUUUGUCAUAGAUCUGUCGAAUUGCGUGUUGGGUCAGCAAACGAGGAUUUCAAAUCACCGGUCAGAGAGACAGAGUUAUAGAACAGAGACUUUACUGAGGCUAGAGAGGAUGUACAGUAGGUGGACUAACUCAUGGAAUGUCAACCGAAAUUCCGAAGUGCGUUUUCGUUUCGAAAAGAUUAAUUAAGCAGUUUUGUAAAACUAGUUAGUUUGCAACAUAAUUCCAUAAUAUUUCAGCUACGUCAGGAUGCCGGCCUUCGAAUGAACUUCCUUCCGGCUGCAUGCAAAACUACACUCUGAAAAAAAACGACUACUUAAGUAGCAUGCAUUUUUUUCAUUGACUUUCGAUGCCUCUAAAAAUUCAAUUAUAGUUCAUGGAAAACAUGCAUAAAAAUAUUCAUUCUUUUGCUCAUUCGAUAGAAAAUUACGUCUUCUUCUAAAUUUAAACUCGAAGGAGGGACAUAAUUCGGUUUUAAAAAAGUUUCUAAUUGUGGAACUUUUAAAUACCGUGAAGUGGCCGUUCAUAAAUCGUCAUAUCUCCGCAUUUACCAAUGUGGCUUGUAAAGUUGACAAUAUGGAUUAAAUCCAUCGCUAAAUUUUACAAAUCCUAUGUGCCCCCCCCCCCUGAUUACCGUAGAGAAAUGUGUGGUUUUCCGUACGCGGAAAAUAUACGGCUUGUAGUUUGGAAACGCUAAGUCCAAGCGCAACGGUAGAGCGGGUUCAACAUUAUUCGGGAAUUGAAAAAGUUUUUGAAAACCGAAUUAUACCCCCUUCUGAGUAUAAGAUUGGAUGAGGACGUAACUGUGCACCGAAUGAGCAACAUAAUGAAUAUUUUUAUGCAUGCUUUCCAUGAACUCUAAUUACAUUUUUAGGGGCAUCGAAAAUCAAUGAGAAAAAUUGACGCUACUUAAGUAUUCGUUUUUUCAGAGUGUAGUUUUGCAUGCAGCCGGAAGGGAGUUCAUUCGAAGGCCGGCAUCCUGACGUAGCUGAAAUAUUAUGGAAUUAUGUUGCAGGCUGACUAGUUUUACAACCCUGCUUAAUUAAUCUUUUUGAAACGAAAACGCAUUUCGGAAUUUCGGUUGACAUUUCAUGAGUUAGCCCACCUAAUGUACUGGCGGCUCAACAAGCAAUGGCGGUAAACUGUCUCUUCGACCGUGUUACAGCCGUUGAGAUUCUUAGCCCCCGUGGCGCAUGCAUUUGGCUUCCGUCCGGCUUCAGCCAAUCAGGGAAGGACGUAGCGUCAGUUCGCCUCGACCUCUCGUUACGCGCGGCUCCAAUCAUCGAUUGACAGGCAGUGCGAGGCGGGCAUAAAGGCGGCAAAAUUAAGCAGCGGUGCUAGUGACCUCGGGGGCGGUGGGCUGCCACAGAUUCUUCUGACACCUACGACCCCCUCCCCGCAAUCACCUCCAGCCAAUCUAGCGAUCGUCGUAUAACACCACGCAAGUGUGGGCGUCCCAGGACGAGUGACAACCAGAAAGCUUCUGGCCAUGCCUCCCGAGUGCUUAUCAGAGCAGAAGAAGCUUGUUUCGUUGGUCAAGACCACCCCAUGCCUUUGCGUGUACGCAUGGGAUGGUCGGGGCUUUUUGGUCAGUAGUUGGCUUAGGUUAUGCUACUUUCGAAGUUACAUCUGCUUGCAAUGAAGCGGCGCGACAGGAUUUGUCUUUGUCGCCAGUGUCUGGCUGCUGAAUAAUGCUCAAGCACGGCUGAAAGAGACGUUGAAUGGCUGUCCGGCUCGGGCUGCGCGCGUGGCCAGCAUGAACGAACAUGCCACAUGCACUCAUGAAAUGACACGCUGCCUUACAACAUAUGACUCAGGUUAAGCUUCCAGUGACUUGUUUUGAUUCUCGCAUGCACUCUGGAGUCAUGAAGGUAACAAGUACAGUACGUGACCUAUCUCAUGAAAUCUGAUAACGGAAAAUGAUGAGAGAAUUUCUGGGUGUUUUUAACGUUGAGCAUUUUCUUCGCUCUUCGCGUUUUACCUCGUCUCACCGUGCAAAAAUGCAAAGUACACAGAGAUCCGUCAACGGAGGACUGAAAUUAAGCACUUCUUAAAGAGACAACUUAUUAAGGAAAGUUUUAUUAUUGAUCAAAGGCAUAUUCGUUGCUGACUUUCGAUGUGGACAGCCAUUUUUCCCGAAAACGAAGUUUGAUGUUUGAAUGAGUUUUCACAUGUGACCUAAACGACCAUCUUCGUGAAAAAUGGCGCCCGAAAACUCACUACUUCGGCAAAUGCCUUCAAAAAUAAUUCUCUUUUAAAGUUCUCAACAGACAGGUAAUUCAAAAUCUGUCUUUAUGGAAAAUCGGGUGACAACACUGAAAAUCAUGAAGUAUUCAGCAACAUUUGGAGGUCGAUCUGAAACGCGACGUAAUCCAAAACGAACGGAAAGUGUUAAUUAAUUUAACAGAAGAAAAGUUCUCUCUAUAAACACAAAAUGGUAUACUUACGAUCACGCCUGUCAUUUCUUUUUAGAUUUAUUAGGCACCGACCGGCCUCAUGGCAUGUUACCUUAUGAAAACUUUUGUUUCUACGACGUCCCAAUCGGUGAAAUCAAGCAAAAUCCAGUUUCUCUAGUUGACGCCCAUCUUAUUUAACUCAAAAAAGUCAAAGAUAACACUAAACCCUGGAAAAAUGUUUUGGAAUCUACAUUCAGAAUGUAGGCAGUUGACAAAUCGCCAUAUAUGAAACUACAGUACUUAUUAAACGAUAUUUAGAUAUAAACUUCACCGAGACACUAUUAUUAGAAGUUAUUUUAUUUCUGCUUUCAUAUUUGUCACGUUUUAAUAUGAGACUACAUUCUAUACAUCUAAAAACGAAGUUUACUAAAUUAGAGCCAUUUCUGACGUUUUCGGGAUAUUGCGCAUUUCUAAAAAAACAGCCUUUCUGAACAACGCAACACUGCCUUUAAUAUUUCUUUUGUUUUUAGUUCGUUUAAACUUGUACCUAAUUAACAUAGACAUUAGACUCAUGAAAUUAUGUCGGUUUGCGAGUGAUUGGCAAUUAUUCGUAAAUUUCGACACAUUUCAUGAGUUAGGUCACUAACUGUAUCUUGCCAUAUUAACACAGCACCCAGCCUCCAGUGUGGUUUUAUUCGCCCGAACUUUCGGAGUUUGAACUGGCAUAAGGGUUCACUGACUCGCAUUUUCCAGGUUAACUCACUGAUUCCUGUCCACACACGUUCUGCUUGAUAUCAUAUUAAAAAAAGAAACCCAGGAGAACGGAAGCAGACUUGCUACCAGUUGAAUGAAACACAGUCGACUCGGAACAAACAGGCCCCUGUGGGAAAUGACAAACUCGUUCUCUCUCUCUCUCUCUCUCUGUGUCAUUGCUGGCCGGUUACAUAUAAACCGCCAAAGGUCCCCAGGGUUACAGAUGCACGGAUCAAUUAUCCAUCCCCUGGAGUACGGAAUAAGUAACUUCUGCGACAUGUAUAUAACUUCUAACCUCACAAAAACAUCAUUUUCCGACACGCCUACGAGCAUGAAAACAAGUCUCGUCAGUCCGGACAUUGCAGUCCUGUUGGAAGCCUGUAAACAACAUUGCCUCGGGAAUCAAUCCAUUCCUGAUCUUUCAUGAUUCGCUGUAAGUAAAAGCUUUGCCUACGCCGAUUAAUGGACAUUAGUUCACAUGAUCACGUCCACCUGCGUGCCUGUUGUUUGUUGGAUCCGCUCAAGGUUACAACUGCCUGUCCGCAAAAUCCCGGUCUACCAAGCAUCGAAAAAUAUCAGCCGGCUACGAUAGCUGUGCCAGCGCAUGAAAUAUUAACUGAAAUCCCGAAAUGUGUGUUUUUUAUUUAGAAUCACUAUUCAUGUGGGGUUUUAAUACCAGUUAUCGUGCAGCAUCAGCCCGAGAUACCUCUGUUGAGUCAGGUUGCCGGUUUUUGAGUGAACUUCUUUCCGGCCGCUUGCAAAAAUUACACUCCGUAAAAUGGCCACUUACUUAGUUUGAAUUCUUCCCAUUGAUUUUGGAUGCCCUUGUAAAUUCAAACAUAUUUUAUAGGAACCAUGCACAGAAACAUUCUUUCUCGCGCGUAUUAGGUAGCGAAUUAGGUCUUUUUCAAAGGGUAUACUAAAAGAAGGAGUAUCAUUCGACUUUAAAAAAAAACUCUUCAGUUCCGAACGGUUCAAUUCUUAUAUCCAUUUUGUGAAAAGCCUACGUCUUCCUUAUAAUUGGUAACUGAGGAAGGGAGAUAUUUUGAUUUUCGAAGAUUUUUUCUUGUGAUAAUUUCUGCAAUGCCCACCUAAUUAUUCAUAAAACGCGCUUUCUCCAGGUUUGUUGAUGCAACUUAUAAAGUUAUUGGCGUGGUGCGCAUCCAUUGUAGUAUUCAAGUAGCUCCGGGAGGAUCCUUUACGGAAAUAAGGGAGCUUGUGAGCUCACUUAGGAAAAAAAUCAGCAAACAAUUACAAAAUCUCAAGGAUAAGUGAAAAAUAGAUUUAAUCUCCGAAUAUAUUGAUACCAGUCAAUUUAUGCAAACAGAAAACAUUUCUUCCUUCAUGUCCCAACUUUGAAAAAAUACGGACUUUUCUAUCACAUGGACAUAAACUAUGAAUCGUUUUGUGUGAUGCAUCGAAAAAUAGCCUAAUGCAGAUGAGUACUGAAAAUCGACGAAAAAAGACGAAACUGCUUCAGUAUGGCUUCCAUUGUCAUUUAGAGAUGUGGUUGAAAAAAAACUGAAAAAACUCUCAUAUUACUUGUUAGAACUGGACUUAUGAUGAUUUUUUGAUGAGCAGUUCCGCCGCUUCACCCGGGUAAUACUACCGAUUUAAAAAUUUGUGGAAAUUUUCCAACACUGUCUUACGAGGUUGCGCUACUGUGCGUACUACGCGUGUCCAAUGCAACGGACCACGCGGGAGUUGCGCUGAACCAACACGGGGACUAGAUCAGGGUACGACACGUGUUAUUUAACUACAUGCCAAUAACAAAUGUCAUAUAUGGGGGGGAUGACACGCCUAGGGGCAGCCCCACGCCGCGCCAGCCAGUGUGCGCCGACCCCGCCUCCAGCCCUCCGGGCUCCGUCUUGACACCUUGUCAGGGGGAGGGAGUGAGGGAGGAGAGAAUGCGAUAGAUGCAGCACAAGCAUGCGUCGUUCAUUCGACUAUGGCGGAGGCAACAAAACCACACCAAGCCAGACACACUGACUACGUUUAUCAUGGCAUAUCGGGAGAGUACGUCAUGGUCGCAUGCUUACAGGCUGGUCAUACCGCAGACAGAUUUCCCAGAACUGAAAUUAUCGCGUACUUGUACUGGCUCAAAACUCAUGCGCGCCCUGUCUACGUUAGUACACCACCUUUUUACACCGCACUUUAACCUUUGUAUGCGGACUAAAAAACCGCCCAUUGGAGUCUUUCUACGUCCACUGCUGAACAACACUCAGUUCGGAUUGCGGUUACUAGUGCAAAUUCAUCAUUGUGGUCCCCAUGCCACGAAGAGGCGUCUUCCUUGACUAUUUAACAGGGCUAAAAUUUCAGAUGGCAUCUCGAACGCAAUCGUCAGAACGAGCCUGCGGCGUGAUCCGAAGGACAUUUGACCUCGCAUUGAAUGACCAAAGAGCCAAAAUUUCGAUCACGGCUUAUCCAGACCCCGAGCAUGAAUGACUAGGGCUACAUAUGCAGAAUUGACGCUCCUAGAUUUGAUUAAAUAAACAACUUCCUCUGUGCACCUGAGCAACCGAGAGAGAUUGAAGCUGUUAUCUCGGUAAGAUACCUUAGGUUAUAGAAGACGUCUGGUAUGACUUUUAGUUUUAUCUUCCCGCAUGAUUUUUUACGUAGAAACUCCAGCUGCCCUUUCCUCCCUCUUUCAAUGAUUGCAAUUAAAAAUCCUCCCUGACUUUCAAUGUGCCUCUCUAUGUCUCUCCUUCACUUUGGGCUGUUUCGCUUCAGCUUACUGAAUGCGUGACUAGUUGGGAGGAAUCCUCGGACGACGAGCCCUCCGCAGUUUGCGCCUUGCUGAAGACAACCAUCGCCGACGUUUGUAAGCGCAUCGACGGUUGCAACGAAGAGGACUUGAUGAAAACGGCCUUUGAACACCUCAAACAUCUGCUCACAACUGACAGCCUUCAUGACGCUAUCGUUAUGGUAAGUCGCUGAUGUGGUAGAUCACAGCAUACCGACUCUCACAUUUCCUCAGAAAGUUACCUUCUCAGACAGCGGAGACGAGUAGCAUGUGCGGCGAACUUAAAUUUCAGUGGUCCCUUCUCUCCAUAGCCAGCUGAAAAAUGCAGAUCAGAAUAGAAUGGGUAAUUUUCAGGACAAAGGAAAGCUUUUAGCGUUGACACAUUCAUUUAGCUGUGAGCUUCGUUGUCGAGAGGAAGGUAUGCUUGAACAAGUGCGGACGCAGUCUUGGGUUGCUAGGAUCUAACCAAUCAGCUUGUGAUGAGUCGGAUGGUGAAGUUCAAUAUGGAGGACAGAUUCCUCUUACCCUCCAUUUUGAUUUCGGACGGCAUUCGCAGCUUAUGUAUGGUGAAUUGGCUGACAGGGGGCGGGGAGUGACGGGAUUCGUUUUAGUAAAUUUGUAGUCUCCCCAGACGCCUAGUUGCAAGACAUGGUCAUUCUUCACUGAUUUUACCCAGAUAUAUAGUCAAACCCACGAGGCUUAUGAACGCGAGAAAUACCACCCGGUGACCGAAACACGUAUUAAGGCAUGUUUAACCCAGUCGUUGGAAGAGUGGUUGCAUUGGUGCGGAGUGUUGUGCACAUACCGGUGCCAGACGCCAGAAGCAGGACAAGCGAGAGAUAGGAAACUGUGACGGCUGCGCGACCGCCUGUUUUGAUUGGUUGGUCCAAAAACAACAGCGCGGGAGGCAAUCACCUUCCAACCUGACGAUAUCGAUUGUGUCGCACCAAGGUUCAUUACGCAUUAACUGCCGAAUACGGCACCGGACGGGACAACACUUGAUCCCACUCCAUGGUGCCUCAUUUCAGUCUCGGAUUUCGGAAGAGUCUUAAUGUUACGGACGGUAACGGUCGCCCCUACUCGGACCGCCAGAAGUCUGGCUGACAGGCUUUAAAUCUUGAAAACAGCACUUUCAGCUGUGGUUAGAGUAGAUGACGACAUCUGCGGUAUCAUUACUUGAGCCAAUCGACUAAAGAAGGCAAAAAAGGUGCAUGUUCUAUGACUUCACAGCUGAAAUCCAGUGGACCUCAUCGUGUGUCUGAGAAGGUGGUCUGUGCAAAGCCCAACGAUGCAUUUCAACAUUCGUAUACUGUAUUAUACCUCUUAGUACUUGAGAGCUGUCGAACACAAACAUGCAUUAACAUCUAUUGGAAAAGCAGACGUUGCUUAUGAAAUAAUACAAAGUCAAAGAAAUCGGCACAAGCAUGUUUGCCAAACCCCACUGGAUGUAAAAUUGCAACGCACUUAUUCGGUACCAACAAACGAAGAUUACUGUGUUAACAGAUUCGACGAGGAAGGUUGAUGGGGAAGACAGAUGUCAUACAGUAGAUAUUGCCCAAGUCUGCCUCCCUAUAAACCAGUUUACGCGCGUCACCGUUGCCGCCUUCGACCCGUGGGGGAUGCGGUGGGCGUCCGCCCGGUGACGGUUCAACCCUCGCCGGACGACAAGGAGGCUUUUCAAAGGGAUACGUGAACAUCUCAGAAGCUGCCCUGACCCACCUAUUUGAUGCAAGUCACCAUGCUGACGUCGAAGGAGCUUUCCAAGUAGUGAAGAGCGUGAUGGCCAGUUGAUUUAGGCUACUAAUUCGGCGCAUCCUCGCAACGGCGGGAGCGGCCGCUAUGAAGCUCGGUAAUCCUGUCUACUGUCCACAAAAGGUCUUUGUCCAGGCCUUGCAAUUUACGUAGUGAAAUCCCAGCCAGAUUGCUCCGCGGGCUGUGCAAAUAAAGUGCUACUUACAAAAACGAAGGAGAGUGGGAUGACAAUUUACAGGCCCCGGCUAUUGUGUAACCGCAUUUAAUAAUAAUUGUUUAAUUGAACACUCGUGUGGGCUCCCAGGUCUCGUCCCUGUUGCAGGUCUUGGUACUUGGCGUGACAACGUCUCUAUGAUGGGGUCUGUCAGCGCCGUCUUCCAGCUCAUUUUUUAUCCGCGCAACACUCUCUGAAUACCAACAACAGCUACAACAGUGGGCGCUCACCGAUCAGGUUACGGAACAUGCUCGUUCCGUUGUGCCUUGGGAUUCAUACUAGAACCCUCGCAGGCAGUCGCAAAGCGACUAGUAGAAUGAUGUAAAUCAGGCGGUACCGACAAAGACUAGGGAGACCGGAAUGACCAUUUCUGACGUAUUAGCCGUCGUCAGCCAGUCAUACCCAACCCCGGAGUGUGGACCACUUGAGGUUCGAACCCGGGAUCUUUGAUGUACAUCUAUGACUAGUCGCUGUUUAACUGCCCGCGAGGGUUCUAGUGUGAGUCUCAAGGCACAACGGAACGAGCAUGUUCCGUAACCUGAUCGGUGAGCGCCCACUGUCAUAACUGAUAUUCCCGAUCACAACCGACAGGACAACGGACCCCUGGCUGAAUGGUAGAGUGUCAAUCUCCAUGAACAAAGUUGUAUUUAUGACGGCGAAAAACCCUCAGCGCAGAUAGACGCUCAGCAAGAAUGGAUGUUCCAUGGGUCUCGUCUUCAUUCCCCAGGAAAGGAGAAGGCCACUUUCACGUGCUCUGCCCUCUUCAACUAAAGGGUGUCCACUGCAAUUUUGUCGAUGCAGACGGUCUACUAUCUGGAGUGUUGACAUGUAAACACUUGGUGCCCCUAAACCAACCCCUCGGAGGAUGUGGGCGCCGCCUCAAAUCAUAGGGCUGAUAAGGCCUUUCAAAUUAUGACUGACCUGUCAAAAUUAGGUCAGUCCUUUUGCGCUUUCGAGAAAGACCAGUGGCGACUUGUUGAACUGGUCUGACCUGGGAGUUGGCGGUUUAAUUAGGAAAGGUUGGCUGCAUGACCUCCUUAGGCAAAACAGACCGGCGUCAUCGUGUGUGCUAAAAAAAACAAAUAUGCCCCCAUACGUUUUGUCGUUUCCUUGUUUUUUUUAGAUGCAUGCAUGCGUUGAAAAUACCCACGGCGGUCAUCAUACUGAAGCGUGAGUUCCCUAAGGGGGUUACGGCAAACUUUUCAAAAAAUAAAGCUCUUACUCCAUGCGAGUCUUCUAAAUUUUUUCCCGUAGACCGACCAAUGUGAACUUUUUACGCCUCCACAGCUCUGUGCUUUGCAGUUUUGAGUAAGUGCUAACUACUGGCGUAAUUUUUUUCACGCAUCGAUGGUAAGCUUGUCGCGUACUGUAUACUGCAAUAGCGCGUCCCCAACUUAAAAAAGACUAGGAGGUGAAUAGAUAGAUAGAGGGCUAACAGGUUAGUUUUCAUCGGGCGAGAGCACGAACUCGGAUGAAAGCGGGCCUAUAGCCCCACCGACGGGGAUGAGUUACCAGAUGCGAGACGCAGUCGCGUGGAGCUAACAAUGUCUGGAACCAGACAAAGUCUAUAUGCCAGAACAGGGCACUCGUGAGGGAAGGAAAGGAAGCCACCAAAAAGUGUCCAUCAUUUAGAAAUAGGGUGUAGUCUAACAACAAUCGCAGUCACACGUCUAACUGACGAACCAUAGUAUUUGCCUCUGGAAGAAGCAACCCCCAGAUUGUCAGGGCAAAUUUAUUUCGCUGUUUUUGGCUACUCUGUUAGGGUUAGGACUUGGGCAUCGACUACGAUAGACGCCAAUGAUCCGGCAUGGAGUUGGAUAUAGAGUAAGCGUUUAGGGGCUACGUGAUCAGCGUUUGGGUUACAACUAGGUCCAGUUUUACUUCUAACCCUAGUCCUAACCCCAACCUAUACUGGGGGCCCGUGUGUACGAUUUUGCCAGGGGAUCCCUAAAGGUGCGCCUAACCAUCGACUCCUCUGGGCCUGGUUAAAUAAAAAUUCUAGGGGAGUCCACUGCAUCCCAGGACCAGCCUUUCCUGAUCUCACCCUGAAUUCAGUUUUUUGGGACCAAAACUGGGGGCGCGUGUUAGCUCAUACCAGGGGUGUACGAGGUGCCGUGAGCAAGACACACGUUGCAAUUGUACGUUAAAACCAACUUUAUCGAUCCGAUUCAAUGAACGUUUCCCUGACUUACAUACACUGCCGGCAAUUGUCAUGCACGAAGGUGCAGAAUAGGUGACGCCUUCUGGCACUGGUAGUGCAGGCACAACUAUAGUGAUAAAACCACGUAUAGGCAAGCACAUCGGUUAACCUUGAUUGACACUUUUGCCUCGCCCCGUCCCGGCACCCAACUCUAAUCUGUCGUUUUUUAAAUCGUGUUAAGCACGACAGCUACUAACCGGAGGCCGUCCUUGACCGGUGGGCUGAACCAGAUGAGUGUCCGACGCUUGUGUCUUCACACCACCAAACUCCCUUCCCCCACCAAAAAAGGUCCUAUGGGGAGGACAAUAUACAAUGCCGUAGGCGGGCCAGGCAAACUCAGAUCGUCCUUCCAUUCAGCAAAAGUAUAGCUCGGCAGCCGCUUGGAAUGACUAGACAGCUCUGUAUAGGGAUAAUACUAUUUUUCCACUCACGGGAAAUGUAUCCCAAACAAAUCCCGGCAAAUCGCGCCAUCUGCAAGCAGACCGUUCAGUGUAUUUGAGGGAAAUAGGCUUACGCCUUUGAACUCCCAAUUUGUACAAAAAAAUCGUAGAAAUUAGCAACAUCAUGAAGAAAAUCCAACAAAGAAUGAAUGCAGACAUCGAUCCACGUAGGACACUGUUUUUUUAUGGUUAAAAAGUCCCAUAGUCCACCUGCUGGUGCAACAUAUGACUGUCAGGCCGAUAGUUAAAUGUCUCCACAGGCUGAGACAGGUUAUUCCACGGUUCCACGACACUAUUGGGGAAAAAUACUUUAUCACAUCCAGUCUACCUUGGGACGCAAGUAGUUUGAAGGGAUGUCCCCGGAGGUUAGUUAGAAAAAGUCGUUACACCGGAGGGCGCAGUCCAAUCCACGCACGAUACGGAAAGCUUGUAGUAAAUCUCCGCGCACCUGCCUAUAACUCAGAGGAUAGAGAUUAAGGUUGAUCAGGCGGGUCUCGUAAGGCAGUGCACUUUGACUUCUUAUUUAACGCUCGCCACUGCACCCUUUCCAGUAAAUUGUAAUCCUGCUGCGUCCUGGAUUGCACAUCCAGACUUCUUCCCUACAAGCGUGCCGGAGACUUUGGAAAGGCAGUCUUCAUCGAAAACUGUGAAUGUCCGUCUGAUGGCUUACAGCAUUGAAGUUGUGGCUUUAGCUGCCUUACGACAUUGCGUAGAGGGCCUUAGGGUGUCUGCAAUCCAGAUUGCAUGAUUUUUCUAAGUUUCUGCUUCUUGGAGUGGCAUCCCGUUCAGAUAAUAUUGCCACACAUUAUGGACAUGAUUUCGAUUCCCGAGACGCAGUAUGGUGCAUUUGUUCAAAUUGAAGGACAGGAGCCAUAUACGGGACCACUCAUCAAGCCGACGAGGAUUUUCUUGAAAGCUGGUCUCAUCGGCAGCAUCGUGGAUGACUUUUCAGAUUUUAAUGACAUCUGCGAACAUGGCACAAUCGCAGUCCAUAGAUGCUAAACUGACAGUCAAAAUGAUCAAGCGAACAACAAUCACCGUCUCCACACUCUCCAUUUCACCCGAACUGUCUGUUAAAGUGAUUCUGGCAGCCCGGAGUGUUUGUUCUCUUUUAGAAAAUCGUGCGGGGAAAAGGGCCGGAAAGGAUGGCGAGGCAAGAUCUUAUUUCGCAGCCCUGCCUGUUAGGGGUUAGGGUCAGGAGUUAAGUUUAGAGGUUGGGGUUAGGGACCAGAGUUAGUGGUUAGCGGUUAGAGGUUAUAGAUUAGGGUUAGGGUUUAGACUGGGGUUUGUCUACUGCAGGUACGGCUACGAAAUAACAUGCGACCGAGGGUGGCUAUGAUCGCCGGCGAAGUGGUCCGCUACCAAGUGGGGUUUGGGGCUCUCAGUGAAAUCUGUUUCUCUUAAAAGGGUAAACUGGAGGAGGUGGGUGGCGACUAGGCCUUAUUCUGUAGCGGACUUCCCAUAGGUUGAAGUCGCCUUCGCCAUCAGGAACGGCGUGGUGGGACUGCUGUCCGGCCUACCACGCGGUGUCAGUGGCUUUCUCUUAACCAGGAGGCUGCUACCCCGCGGCAACAAAUUCGCCACCCCCGUCAACGUCUACGCUCCCUCAAUGACCAACUCGGAUGACGUGAAGAAUAAGUUCUGCGAAGACCUGCACGUCCUCCUAGAAACUGUACCGAAGACGGACAAACUAGUGACCUCGGCGCCCGUCGGCGUCGGUCAUCAUGGGACCAGCAGGUACAACAGCAGUGGUCUUUUUCUCCUGCUGGGGCACAGUCUUCUCCUAACCAACACCUUCCGUCUCCCGAUGCGGGGGAAGGCGACGUGUAUGCACCCGUGCUCGCGUUACUGGGGUCUGCUGGACUGCGUCUUGGUUCAAAGGCGCGACAAGCGUGACAUGCUCGUGACUAAGGCGAGCUGUGGUGCUGACUGCCGGACAGAUCAACCCUCUCCAGGAGGAGACUCUAACUCCAACUGCGCAGGCGGCCGCAAGGUAAACUAA